UUAAAUAAAAUAAUACUAAAAGACCGAAAUUUCCCUUGACCGGUAAAUCUAUCCAGCAGCGAACUUUACAGCUCUUUUUCUUUUGAAAAAUAUUUUCCAUUUCCUGUUCAAUUCUCUUCUUCACUGAUGCUUUGAUCACCAAACCAAAAUCGAACGCUAACGUCCUCUAUUUCUCAAGAUCCGGUUCCGCCACAGGUUUCAUCCACCACCGAUCCAGUCAUUUCCCCAAUUGAUUUCACUUCCUUUGUCCUGUUACGCGAUCCGCUGGAUCGAAGAUGCCGGUGGCUGCUUCUGCUAUCUACUUCUUGAAUCUCCGCGGUGAUGUCCUCAUCAAUCGUCUCUACCGCGACGAUGUCGGGGGAAACAUGGUGGAUGCCUUUCGAAUGCACAUUAUGCAAACGAAAGAACUCGGUACAUGUCCGGUGCGACAGAUUGGAGGUUGCUCUUUCUUUUAUAUGAGAAUCAGCAAUGUAUACAUCGUAAUUGUUGUCAGCAGCAAUGCUAAUGUAGCUUGUGCUUUCAAGUUUGUUGUUGAGGCUGUUGCCUUGUUCAAAUCUUAUUUCGGUGGUGCUUUUGAUGAAGAUGCCAUUCGUAAUAAUUUCGUUCUGAUUUAUGAAUUGUUGGAUGAAAUUAUGGACUUUGGCUACCCACAAAAUCUUUCUCCUGAAAUUUUAAAGCUUUACAUUACUCAGGAAGGAGUGCGGUCCCCAUUUUCAUCCAAGCCCUCAGAUAGGCCUGUUCCAAAUGCAACUUUACAAGUUACUGGUGCCGUUGGCUGGCGAAGAGAGGGACUUGUUUAUAAAAAAAAUGAGGUCUUUCUGGACAUUGUGGAAAGUGUAAACUUACUCAUGUCUUCAAAAGGCAGUGUUCUGCGUUGUGAUGUUACCGGAAAGAUUCUUAUGAAGUGCUUCCUCUCUGGGAUGCCUGAUCUGAAGUUGGGCUUGAAUGAUAAAAUUGGGCUUGAGAAGGAAUCACAAUUAAAAUCCCGUCCUACUAAAAGUGGCAAGACUAUUGAGCUGGAUGAUGUCACUUUCCAUCAGUGUGUGAAUCUUACAAGAUUCAACUCUGAAAAGACUGUUAGUUUUGUGCCGCCGGAUGGUGAAUUUGAAUUGAUGAAGUACCGCAUUACCGAGGGUGUUAAUCUUCCCUUCCGGGUAUUGCCAACAAUCAAGGAACUUGGUCGAACACGAAUGGAAGUAAAUGUUAAGGUUAAAAGUGUCUUUGGAGCAAAAAUGUUUGCACUUGGAGUUGUCAUCAAAAUUCCUGUCCCAAAACAAACAGCAAAAACAAGUUUCCAAGUCACAUCAGGUCGAGCAAAGUAUAAUGCUGCUAUUGAUUGCUUGGUUUGGAAGAUAAGAAAAUUCCCUGGACAAACAGAGCCAACCUUGAGUGCAGAAGUUGAGUUAAUUUCCACAAUGGCAGAAAAGAAGUCUUGGACUAGGCCACCAAUUCAGAUGGAAUUUCAGGUUCCAAUGUUUACAGCCUCUGGUUUACGUGUCCGAUUUCUUAAGGUGUGGGAGAAGAGUGGGUAUAACACAGUUGAGUGGGUUCGCUAUAUUACCAAGGCUGGAUCAUAUGAGAUCAGGUGCUAGAAAUAUGGGAUUGCUACUGUGAGAUUGUUUCAGAGAAAUUUAGUGGUGAUGAGAAUACUUGCUACCUAUUUCAACGAAGUAGGAAGCAAUUCCUGCAUCUAUUUCACCUUGAGGAUAAGGUGAAUGAGCCUUCAUUUCCCACUAAAGGAUGCAGCUUGUGUUCUGGUUUCUUGAAUUAUUAGGCAUUUUUUCCUAAGUAAUGGAGUUUUGUUAAUAUGAUUAUUUCAAGUGAGUAUUUGGUUGUUAUUUUUCUUGUACAAGUCUUGCUCAUAUUUAGAACAAAAACAUAGUGCCAUUAUUUCAUGAUCCUGUAUUAUUUGGUGCAUAUUGUCACUCAUUUUAUUGUUUGUAACCAUUCAUCAUCAGUUUUAAACGAGUAUAACUGGGAUAGCUGGAACCUGGAAGUUUGGAUUUUGGAAUUGGAUUCAUCUGAUUGUAGUGAUUUCACUGCUUGGGGUUAGACAUUGCUGUGAACUUCCAAAUAUUCUGAUGCAACAUUUAUGUUUUACCUGGAUGGCAAAUUAUCUUUUGCUUUCAAAAAGUCGGAAAAGUUUUUUUUAAGGUGCUGCACAGCAAUCAGCAUACCAUUUUAAGCAUUAUUCCUAGUUUCUGGGAGAUAACAGGCACAAAUUUUGCUCAU